GAGAAAGUUGGAAAGAGAGAAGCUGAAAGCAGAUCUCCUUCUCUCCCUACAAGAGAAACUCACCCUUCAGAAUCAGAAUUAGACAGGAUUUACAAUGGAAGUGACUAUGUUACGACGCCGUUUGUGGUCUGGUACACAUCCAAAAAACCCCAGCUGGAAAUUUCCUUCCUUUCUGCAAAAUCCUUAACUCUCGUUUCAAAGUUUGGAGCUUUGAGUUCGGUUGGUGACCAAAACCCCCUAUUCUACCCCAAUCAUCGUCCACUUUCUCUACCUCUGGCAGUGGUCGCGGCAGAGGAGCUUGAAAGUGUUGCGAAAACUGUUCCUAAUAGUGCGCCUGCUUCUGUGAUGCACUUUGCUAAUUGUACAGUUCUUCCUCUUCAGGUCAGUGUCACUCUCAUCUGUAAUCCUCGUGAUCUCAAACUUACCUUACUUACAAGUGCACUACAUGUAUAAUUUGUUCUUUUGUGCUCGGAACUUUGGAACAUUCCAUUAAAUUGGAGUUUGUUUGUUUGUUUUUUUUUUUUUUUUUUUUUUUUUUUGUUUCUUAUUCAACUGGAGUUUGUUAAUAUGUAUGUUGUACCAUACAAGCGCAUCUCGUUUCUUGUUCUUCUGUUACGCUUCUUUGUCAUGUUUCUGUAUCUGUUUGCCAUUUCGGUUUCCUUUCUCAUGUGAUCAUGUUUCUGGUUUUUCAAAGAGGCUGGAUUAGUACCAAAUUAAAGAUACUCCUUACCACGAUGAUAUUUUUUAUGAUAGUAAAAUUGUGUGCUUUGAAUGAUGCACGAAAUGUUUACUAUCACUUGUUAACAUCACAAUGCAGAGCAACCCUGGUUGGGGAUUUGACAAGAAAUUCCAAAUUUCCAAUUAGGGGAUAAGCUUGUCCGGGCGGUUUCUGAACAAUACAAAAGCUAGUUUCUAGGGAUGAAAUUGUGAGUAUUGAGAUCCCUUUUGAAUUUAUAUGUGUAUGUCGAUUCAAUCUUUCAUUGAGACAAUCCGAUAUGCAAAAGCUGACUAUAUUAAUUUUUCUUUUUUGGAAAAUAAGCAGGAAUGUUUUACAAGAUUUUUUUUUUCAUCUUGAACUAGGAUAUGAACAUAUGCUUGAUGUGCAGUGUUAUGGAACAGCAAGGAAAAGAAUACGAGACAUUAAGGAUGGAUACAAGAUGAGACAGAAAAGGGACUCCCUAUAGAAUGAACUUUCUUCUUGUCCUUGCUGGCAAACUCUGGUUGUGUACGUAGGAGUGAAGUUCUUGUGAUCAAACCGUAAUUCACAAAGAAGCAUGAAAAAUGCAGCUUCAGUAAGUGAAGCUUGAAUGCUUUUUAGAAGGUAAAUCUUGGACUCUGACUAUGGACUAAAGUAUCACCCGUUAGAUUUUGCUUGAGAUAUAUGAACAAUAAUACCAGUGUUUCAGC